GCUGUCUAAAUUACUUCGAACUGUACAUGGGGGGAGGGGGGGGUCAAUUACAAGGACUCUCGUUAUAUUAGUCCAUCCUGCAUAACAGGCAGAGCAGACGUGUAACCAUAUUGUAUUAAAUACUGGUAAAUUUACCACGGUUAUUUCACUCAGGCAACAUUUUCUAAGUUUUUAACAGUUUCUAGACUUUGCACUCCCCACACAAGUGUAGUGACCCAGAUAGAGUCAGUGUUUACACGCAUGCGCUGUUGCGUCUACAACUUCCUCAUCCCUGGAACUGGUGGUAUUGGAGUCCAGUUGUCGUAGUUUUUUACUUCACGGAUUGUUUUUGCUCAUAACGAGGAUUUCGUUGUUUUCAAAAGUGUCUUUUAUGAGUAAUCAAAGGCAGCAGAAGCCUACGCUAACAGGCCAGCGAUUUAAAACCCGAAAAAGAGAUGAAAAGGAGAGGUUUGAUCCUUCCCAGUUUCAGGAAAGUAUUGUACAAGGUCUGAACCAAACUGGCACUGAUUUGGAAGCUGUCGCAAAGUUUCUUGAUGCCUCUGGUGCCAAACUUGAUUAUCGGCGCUAUGCUGAGACUCUAUUUGACAUCCUGGUGGCUGGUGGAAUGCUGGCCCCAGGGGGUACCUUGUCAGAUGACAUGACAUGCACAGACUUCUGUCUCUUCAAAGCACAAGAGGACAUGGAGACCAUGCAGGCAUAUGCACAGGUCUUUAACAAGCUCAUCAGGCGUUACAAAUACUUGGAAAAAGGAUUUGAGGAGGAGAUUAAAAAGCUGCUGCUGUUUCUCAAGGGCUUCACAGAGUCUGAGCGCAACAAGCUGGCCAUGCUAACAGGAAUUCUGCUGGCCAACGGCAAUAUCUCUGCAUCCAUUCUGAACAGCCUCUUCAAUGAGAACCUGGUCAAAGAGGGUGUUUCAGCAUGCUUUGCUGUAAAACUCUUCAAAUCCUGGCUUUCUGAAAAGGACAUCAACUCUGUGGCUGCCAGUCUCCGAAAGGUUGGCAUGGACAACAGACUCAUGGAGCUGUUCCCUGCCAACAAGCGCAGUUGUGAGCACUUCUCGAAGUACUUCACAGACGCUGGGCUCAAGGAGCUUUCGGACUUUGCCAGAAACCAGGAGUCCAUAGGUGCUCGCAAGGAGCUGCAGAAAGAGCUUCAGGAGCAGAUGUCACGUGGGGACCCCCUCGGAGAUAUCAUUGCCUACAUCCGAGAGGAAAUCAAGAAGAACAACAUCUCUGAGCAGAUGAUGAUUGGAUUAAUUUGGUCCAGUGUAAUGAGCUCUAUGGAGUGGAACAAGAAGGAGGAGCUAGUCACAGACCAAGCCAUCAAACAUUUAAAGCAAUACAGCACACUGUUGAAGGCUUUUACCUCCCAGGGCCUCUCUGAACUUACUCUACUGCAGAAGAUCCAGGAGUACUGUUAUGAUAACAUCCACUUCAUGAAGGCUUUCCAGAAAAUUAUUGUACUGCUUUACAAAGCGGAUGUCUUGAGUGAGGAGGCAAUUCUGAAAUGGUACAAUGAAGCCCACCAAGCCAAAGGAAAGAGUGUUUUCGUUGAACAGAUGAAAAAGUUUGUUGAAUGGCUCAAGAAUGCAGAGGAAGAGUCUGAGUCUGAGGAAGAGGAGGCAGACUGAGGACCACUAGCUAUAACUAUCAUCUUAAUUUGUAUUUUUACAUAAUCACAGCACCAGAUGCAGUAGAUGGAUUUGUUACAGAAGUCUGUCUAUAUUUCUUUUUUCCUUUUCUAUUCUCUACCUCCUCAUAUCCAGUUCAACUGUAAUAUAAGGGCUUUAAUACUGUUUUUACUUUCGACAUGUUUUGUGUCUGAAUCAAUACUUGUACUCUCCUUUAUACUCUCCAGCAGCCAGUCACAGUGCCACAUUUAGCCAAAUAAAUUGAAACCCCUUUCAUGUAACAAAGGGGGGCUUUUUGGAGAGAUAGCUCCCUUUAAAAUUAGCCAGUUUUAAGGCAUAUUUCACAGCUAUUGUACUGUAUUUAGUCAUGGAACUCUUAUUUGCCAGAGGUCUAUCUGUGUAGUCAUGAUAUCUUGGUCCUCUGAAAGGCAAACUGUUUUUAUAACCUCAUUUUACAUCUCUGCCAAUUAUGUGACAACUUUGAAUUUAUUGCCAGUUUUUAGAUUCGGUCUCCAUUACCGCUGAUGGAGCUGUGCUGUUUCAAACAGCAAUGGUGGUGGUGGCAAUGCCCCAUAAAAUGAAAUUUAGUUGUUCCAUUCAUCUUACGUAACAGAACCAAUGCUUUGUGGGGUUUUUUUCAUUUACCGUAUAGUUUGACUUUUUAAAAUAAAUGGAAAUUCCUGGUUUU